UCAAACUUACGUCAAACGGAAAAAUAGGGUGUAAAUAAACAAUGAUUAAAUGUUUAUUUUUGUAAAAUUUUACUCAAUUGACUAAACAUAGCGAUUACUUUCUCAUUGAUAUUGACCGAAAUGGAGAAUAAUGAAAGUAAUGGUUCUAAUUUGCAGACUAGUGUGACUAUUAAUACGCCAUCCAAAGUUAUACAUUGUAGCGAUGGAGUCAUAGAAGAUAUACAUGAAGAGAACGUGGUAGAAGUUGCUAGCGCACCACAAAAUCAGGUCUCUGAGGUUGAUCCGAAAACAUUAGCAUGGGGUCCCUGGUUCUCUCAUUAUGCUUGCAAAUCAGGAUCAAAAGUGUUAAAUGCCGUUGAUUAUGCUGGUGAAUCAUUGGCCAGCUUCUUUGGCAUUACAACACCUAAGUACCAGAUAGAAAUAGAUGAAUAUGAAAGAAUACAGGAGAUUCAGAGGAAAAUAGAAGAGGAUUCAGCUGGAUGGGUGCCUAAGAAUGGUGGCGGGGACAUACCACUAGUCAUGAAUGAGCCUGUGAAAGAUUUAAGCAAACCAGCGGAUGUUUAACACAAGAGCAAAGGCAAAUGAUUAUACUAACCUGAGGUUUUAAGAUGAUUUUAAGUAUUAUUAAUACUUGUUGAAAUACAAUUUACAAAAGGUUGUUUUGUUUUGAACCAAGCGCACCAUUUCAAAAAACAGAAAAAUCAUAGAACCAUGAAAAAAUAACUUUUUGCGUUUAAUAGCGGUAACUAUGGAGAAGAAAAAUAAAUUUUAAAAUCUUAUGAGCAAAACUUGACAACUUUUAUUGAAAGGGCACUGAAAAAUGUUUAUGUUAAAAUUUUUACAAUAUUUUAUUAAAUCAUACAUACAUAUGGUAGAGCAGUUUCUGCGAAGUGACUUCUUAGUGCGUCUAUUUGCCUAAGAGGCUGCAGUCGUAUUCUUAAGCUCCUUUAUGAAUCUCAGUGUUUGCUGGGGAUGAAGAAUUUCGAAAGCGGCCUCAUUUGCCUGCAGCGGCCUGCAGUUGGUCAUGCCUGGAUACCUUACUUGAACAUACAUGGCUGUAGCCUGAAAUUGGGUGCACAUUUAUAAGAGAUUGUGAUCUGUUUAGCUCUUCAUUUUGUUCAUUUGAUUAAUUGUUUAAUAUUGUUGAGCUUCACUAUCCUUUGAUCUUUUUGUGACAUACUGUAUAGGUACUUAUUGUGGGUUACGACUAUUUGUGUAAUGUAUCCCAAUUCAUGUAGUGGGUACAUACAUUCAUCAACUAUACGUCGAUGUUAAAUUCUGAAAGGGAUGAGUGGCCAUUGUGCUGUCUUUCGAUUUUUUUUAUAAAUAAAGUAAGUUUUCUAUUUCAUGAAUAGUAAAUAUUAAUAAUGAAUUCAUAAAUUUGAAACAUGCUCAAAGACCUGGGCCAGAUUCUAUGUAAUCAUGAAAGAACUCUUUAAGUCUUUAGAAAAGGGUAAGCAGUAAAUAUGAUAUUGUAACCUUCAUUUGCUUGACUAAUGUAUUAAUUUAUUUUUGUAUUAAAAUAAUAUUGUUUUUAUUUAACCGUUAUAAGUAAGGACAUGCUUAACUUUGUGUUUUAAGAUUUUUGAUAGCGCUGGAUAAAACAUCAUAAAAU